AUGUUUCGCUCAGCCAUUUCUCGAACUGCUAGUCUUUCUGCCUCCUUCACUCGUCAAAAAGUGUCCUCUGUAACUCUCAGACCUGUGUUGAGCCGUGGAUAUCACGAAAAAGUGAUCUCACAUUAUGAAAAGCCUAGAAACGUAGGAUCGCUACCCAAAAACGAUAUCAAUGUCGGUACUGGCCUUGUUGGUGCACCUGCCUGCGGCGAUGUCAUGAAACUCCAGAUCCGUGUUGACGAAAAUGGUAUAAUAUCUGAUGUCAAGUUCAAGACGUUUGGUUGCGGGAGCGCUAUCGCCUCCAGCUCAUACAUGACGGAGCGUGUCAAGGGGCUUUCAUUGGAGGAAGCUGGUAAAAUCAAAAACACAGAAAUUGCUAAGGAGCUCUGCCUACCCCCUGUGAAGCUCCACUGCUCCAUGCUCGCUGAGGAUGCUAUCCGCUCAGCUAUCCGGGAUUACAAGUCCAAGCGGAAUAGCAUGACUAAUCCCAAACAAAAAGGCUUCAUUGAUGUUUCGCAGAGUGUAGUCACCGGUGAAACGGUAGCCACUGCACACCCUGGCCAAGCGUAA